AUGAGCCUGGGCCCCCAGCAGCUAUCACUCACGGACAGCCUCCAGGCCUUGUCUUCAAAUACAAGGGGCCUCUCAGAGCUGUCCAACUAUAAAGCCGAUGAAUGGUCCUGGGCUGCCAGUCGGACAAUGCCCAGGCUCUGGGGAGAAGAGAUUAGAAGCCCAAACCAGUUCCAACUGCUCAGGGGGCUCAAACUGGGGUCCAUGGAGUACUCCUUCAUGCACACCCUGGGGGUGCCUGGAAUAGAACCCCAGGCUCCUGACAGCUUGGAAGAGGCGGGCAGGUUGCAGAGGUUCCUAAGCACACAAGUGGGAUCAGCCAUCACCUCCUCUGAUGUGUGGGAUGGUACUGGGGAGGUCAACAUAGCUGUCACCUUUCACCUGAAGCACCAGGCUCAGAACCUCAGUAGCAGCCCUGACACAGGGGGCUCCUGGGUCACCACUGGCUGCUCCGUGGCCAUCCUGUACCAAGACUCCACCAUCUGCUUCUGCAACCACAGCACCACAUUUGCUGUCCUUUGUCUCUGUCGCUCUCUGCAGAGAGGCCCUGAGGAGGAGUCACUGCUGAGGAUCCUUUCACCUGUGGGCUGUGGAGUGUCCUUCUGUGCCCUCGCUUCCACCUUCGUGUUCUUCCUGGUAGCCGGGUUCACCAGGUUAGAGUGAGCCACAGUCCACAAGAAACUCACCUUCUCCUUAGCCUCUGUGGAGGACGUCCUCAUGGUCAGCGAGUGGACAAAAGCCAACAAGGUUGGCAAGGUCAAGUGUGGGCCUGGGUCCCCAGAGCAGGCUGCACCCAUGUCUGAGCAAGGUGGGAAUAGCCCCACCUCCUGCAGGUGUGUGACGGUCACAGCUGUGAUGCAUCUCCUCUUCUUGAUCAGGUGCUCCUGGAUGCUGGGGGAAGGGCUGUUGUGGAGCAAGGUGGUAGUUGUGAGCAUGCAUCUAGGCCCAAGGAUGAGGCUGUACUACGCCAUGGACUGAGACAUGCCUUUGGCCAUUGUGGCCAUCACCCUGGCCAUGUCUCCCCAUAACUAUGUGGCUGCUGGUCACUGCUGGCUCACUGUGCACACAGACACCAUCUGGGCCUUUGUGGGGCCUGUGCUCUUCAUGUUGACUGCCAACACCUUCAUUCUGGUCCACGUGGUGAUGGCCAUUGUGUCCAGAGCCCACUGCUGUGCCCGUAUGCUGAGCCCGCAGCCCUAUCUGCAACAGCAGAUCAGGACUCAGUUAUGGAUCACAGUGAAGCCAGUGCUGGUCCUGCUGCCCAUCCUGAGCCUGACCUGGCUGGUGGGCAUCCUGGCGCACCUCAGCCCAGCCUGGGCCUAUGACCCCAUGGGCCUCAAUUCCUUCCAGGUACUUCCAGGCCCUGGACAGUCUGGGAUUGUUGCCCAACAUGCACUGUGA